UUAACAUUGAGAUGACAUAAGCAAUUAGUUGCUGUCAAAAACCCUAACUGGACCAACCAAGGGUUUAUCCUAACCGGACCGAACUCCUUCUUCCCCCACUUCGAUUCUCUUCGCUCUCUUUCAGAUUCCUCUUCUCUUCUCUCUUUGCGUUUUCAUUCCUUUUUAUUUCUGAAUAUUUAGCUUACAACUAUGGAGGAGUUAUCUUCUCUCAUCACGGUGGAGAAGACCAUGCGCACCGCCUCUGCUGUGGAGGCCAUGGCGGUGGACACAAUUCUUGUCACCGCCAAAUCUCUCCUUUGCCUUCUCAUUCUGAUGGCCGGAUCUCUGCUGACUGACAUCAUCCCAGAAUUGACCCCAAUAGAUGGAAGUUUUCCUUUUGCUGAUCUCUACAAGGGAAGACAUACUUACCUUGUGAACAACAAGGAUGCUAGUGAGUCAGAUGAAGACGAGGAGGAAGAAGAUGAAGAAGAGGAGGAAGAAGAUCAAGAUGAUGAGGAAGGAGAAGAAGACUUCUCAGGUGAGGAAGAGGCUGAGCCUGAGGAUGAUCCUGAGGCCAAUGGUGCUGGUGGAAAAGAUGGUGAAGAUGGUGAAGAUGGCGAAGAUGGUGAUGAUGGUGAUGAAGAAGAUGAAGAUGAAGAUGAAGAUGAAGAUGAGGAUGAGGAAGAGGAUGAAGAGGAAGAAGAGAUUCCACAGCCACCAGCUAAGAAGAGGAAGUAAAUCUUAGUUCUCCGAACCAAAGUUUCUUUCAACUUUCAAGUGGAGUCUUCUCCACAUAUAAAAGUUCAAUUUCUGUAUUGUCUGUUAUUUGAGUUAAUUUUUGCCAUGCCUACUUUUUUUUUAGUGUUAUCAUAGUUAUUAUUGAAACCCAAUUGUAUAAAAAGCAAAACCAGAUGAGUAGUCAGUAGGGCAUGUUGUGGUUUUAUUUAACUUUAAUAUAAUACAAAUUUCUGUAUUGUCUGUUAUUUGAGUUAA